AUGGACCUCUUUGUAGAGGAACCUCCGGGUGUUGAGAUUUGCGGUACUUUCGUGGUUGGAGAAGCAUCGAUGGAAUUAUCAAUCGACCUUGAUCUAGCUUCAGAACAAUUAUUGUUGAGCGAACAAGUGGCUUAUGGUAGCUUCGAUCGCGUAUUAGAUGUGGAAAUAAACGAGUUUACACUUUACCAUCAUGAUGAAGUGAUUACCACCGCCCACGUGCACGCCCGCUACGCCAGGGGAAUUGCAGCUGAUUAUAUAAAAUCUUGCUCCAGAAAUGACCCUAACUUAAAUGAAUGUGCUUUAAAGUCUGCUAGGGAAUCGCUUGAGCAAUUUGCUCGAGGAGAUACGAGCAGAAAGUUACCACCCUUGGACCCUUUGUACGUGUCUGAAAUGACUGUGUACAUCCCUAAUGAGAAUGGAUUGAAAUUAGUCUUCAAAGAUAACUAUUUUCAUGGUCUAUCUGAUAUGAAGUUGGAGAAAUUAAAAUUUGAUUUGAAUAAAAAAGUGAUAUAUACAAAUGCUGUAGUCAAUUUGGAUGUACAUAAUAAGUAUGAUCUCAGUGGGAAACUUAUGAUAGUUCCAAUUACAUCUAAUGGUGAUUCUUCUAUUAAAUUAAAAAAUACAGUGUUACAAAUAAGUUUAUGGUAUGAACACGUGACUGGUCCAGAUGGUAAAAUACAUUGGAAAAUUAUAAAUCAUGAUAUCAAAUACAAUAUAGAAAAGGCUGUGUUUAGAUUAGAAAAUUUGCUCGGUGACAAAGCAAUUGGUGAUCAAGUCAAUUUGUUGCUGAAUGAAUUAUGGCGGGAAAUUGUAGCUGACGUCGGUCCGUCUGUCUGUAAUUCACUAAUUGAAGCCGUGGUGGAGACCUUAGGUGUAUUACUAGCUCAAGUACCUUAUGAUGAACUAAUGCCCGAAUAA